CCAGGCCUUUGCUGCUGCGUGUGCCGAACACAGACUUCCUGCCUCACCCACGGUUUCUCCCCACCUGCCUGCCUUUUUCCCAGGCCUUCAGGAGCGCCCCGGGCUGGCCUCCGCACCCAGGAAGGGGAAGGAGCAGGUGGGAAACUCAGCAUCCAGGAUGUUCACCAUGACCCGAGAAUUAAAAAAUGCUCUUCGUGAGCACUUCAUACAUCAGAAGUUGGAGAUCUCCUACGCCAUAUUCAAGCCUUUUCCCUUCUUCGAAGGCCUUCGAGACAAGUCCUUCAUCACCGACAAAAUGUACAUGGAGUCUCUGGAAGCCUGUAGAAAUAUGGUCCCUGUGUCCAAAGUGGUGCACAACAUCCUCACCAAACUGGAGGAUGCCUUUCAGCCGGCGCUUCUGGAGAUGCUGUUCAGCCAGAUCAACCUGCGUGAAUACCCCAACCUGAAGGCAGUUCUCAACAGCUUCAGAAGUGUUUUCAUUCCCUAUGGAGGAUCGUCCACACCAAGCCCUUUUGAAGCUCCGGCCAACCCGGCAAUUAGAAGCCCCCACCAGACCCUGCUACCACUGCCUGCACCACUGAGGCACCCAACCCCUGUGCCCAAAGUCAGCGAGCCCAGAACAGUCCCUCCGCCCCAGGCUAAGGUUCUGGGCAAGCAGUCCAGCCCUGCUGGUCCUGCUGCACCUUCUGGUCCUGCCGGUCCUGCCAGUACUGCUGGUCCUGCUGGUCCUGCCAGCCCUGCCAAAGAUGUUCCCAGAGUCAUCCAGAAAGAAAGGAUCAUUCCAGCAUCCCACAUAAAUGAUGGAGAAAACUCACAACAGAUGUCCAGCACACGCCCUGCCGCUGUGCAAGUGUCCAGUGACAACCUGACCCCACAAACAAAAAAGAAAGAAGAUGCUCGAGAGACUCCUCAUGUUCGCCCUGCCCACACACCAGUGAUAAAUGACUCUCCUAAACCAAAAGACCCAAAAGAAGCCCAGGAGGCCUCCAGCACACCUCCAGUCAAGAAAGCAAAGAAAAGGAAAAGAGUUGCCUGGUCAGCUACAAAAAGGAAACACCUGAGUAAAAGCCUGAGAGGUACUGCCUCAGCUGGGCACAGAAUCCAAAAGAAGCGCCAAGUGGUGGAAGAGGCCACUGAAAUGAAGGACGACUCAACCAGGACCUCAGAGGUGGUGACAAGUGCCAAAAAGACAAGGACUGAAUGUGCCCAAACAUCUGGACCUGAGAAGAGCAGUGGUGACACUUCAGAAAUGGAUGAAGCAGAGAGUCCCCAGGACCCAUCUAGCACACCACCACAAAUCAUGCAAGAUCCCCUGGACAAUGGAAGCAAACUCUCCUUGGGGAAAUCUGGAGAAAAGAAAAAAAAGAAAAAAGCAGGUAGCCGGUCGAGUUCAAAAACAAGACAGAAGAAAAGUCUCCCAAAAAGUACUGCCUUACCUGGGCACAGAAUCCAAAAGAAGUGCCAAGCAGUGCAUCAGGAGUCCCAGAGAAAGGACGACUCAACUAGCACCUUGAAGAUAAUGACCAGGGCCCGAACAAAAAAGAUUGAAUGUGCUCAGACAUCUGGACCUGAGGAAAAGAAAAGGAAAACAGAUGUCUGUAAAAGUUCAACAAAGACUCAGCAGAAAAAUAUUCCCCAAAAGGAAAAACCCAAAGAUGAAACUGUGGAUUUGCAGUCUCCUAACUUCCCUGUGACCUGUGGCACGGCGAAGGGGGUUUUUUAUCUAGAGAAAAUGAAAAAUGGAUCCUCCGGGAAGUGCAUUCAGGAUGAGGAGGGAUUGUGGUGGACGCCACUUGAAUUUGAAAUUCAAGGAAAAGGGAAAAAAUCAAAGAACUGGAAGCGGAAUAUGCGUUGUGGACAAAAGACCUUACAACAGCUAACAGAGGAAGGACUCAUGGUCUGUCCUCCAAGAAUAAGUCUCGAGAGAGAGCGGCAAAAAGUGGAGGAAUGUGAGGUGUGCUGCAAAGGGGGACAGCUGCUCUGCUGUGACACUUGUCCACGAGCCUUUCAUGAGGACUGCCACAUCCCGCCUGUGGAGGCUGAGAGGAGCCCGUGGAGUUGCACCUUCUGCAGGGUAAAGGAGUCUUCAGGAAGUCAGCAGUGUCCCGGGGAAUCUGAGGUCCGGGCAAGGCCAAUGGGGCCUGAGGAGCAGCUGAAAUGCGAGUUCAUCCUCUUGAAGACCUACUGUCAUCCACAAAGCGCCUUUUUUGCGAAGACCCCACAUAAUAUUCUAGACUACGGUGAGCCCUUUAAGGAACCCAUGUGGCUGGACCUGGUGAAGGAAAGGCUGACUGCGAAAGUAUACACAGUGGCAUGGUUCAUACGGGACAUGCGCCUGAUCUUCCACAACCAUAAAACAUUUCACAAGGCUUCUGCCUUUGGUCAAGUAGGACUGGAUUUAGAGACAGAAUUUGAAAAGGCUCUCAAAGAGAUGUUUAUUUUUCAUGAAGCCAAGGAGAAGAGGUCCCAGGCUCCUCCUUGACCCCAUUCUGGAAGGACUGAGGCUCCCCAACUUCAGGAUCCAGACGAUGUGACCCUAGUCAUCCUCAGAUUGCCCGUGGGUCUAGAAAUGUGACCAGAUGUCCUCUUCACUCCAGUCCAGGCCCUUCACAGCAUCAUCACACCCUCCGGCUUUGUGCAGCUAAAAAAGUCUUACCUCACACCUACAAAAUUGAGGACUUCCUUAAUAGCAUUCAAUACCCAUCAUAGUUCACCUCCUUCUCAUUUCUUAUAAAUCUUUUUACAGUUGGUUGUUUUUGGUUUAUCUGUCUCUUAAGUCCCUUUUAUGCUAUAAGUUUGCCAACUUUUUUCCUUGCCAUCUAUUCAUUGGAGAAUCUGGGGCCCCUGUCCCAUAAAAUUCUUCAUAUUCUGGACUUUCCUACACCCAUACCACUAUGAAAUAUUCAUUAAGUUGAUCUAAUUUGUGUGGGGCUUAUUUGUUCCUGUUGCGUACUUAAUAUAUCAUUGCAGAUAGGGUAUUUUUAGGAUUUUGCAUUUGUAUUUAUAAAUGAGAUUGGUCCAUAAAUUUUUGUAUAAUGCCAUAGUCAAGUACAGGAUUGUCUCCACUUGGGAAAAUAACAUAAAAUUUUCUACCAUUGCAUACAUUCUGGAAUAGUUUAUAGUGCUUUAAAUUCAUAAAAUUAUAUAGCCAAGAGUUCUUUAGGUAGGUAGUACUGACUGUUUUCUCUGCUUUUUCAUGGUAAUUAGACUAUUCAGAUACCUAUUGCUUUUUUUUUAAUAUUUUAUUAUUUAUUUAUCUUUAGAGCGGAAGUGGGGGAAGGAGAGAGGGAGAGAAACAUCAAUGUAUGGUUGCCUUUUGUGUGUCCCCUGCUGGGAACUGGCCUGCAGGGAACCGGCCUGCAACCCAGGCAUGUGCCCUGACUGGGAAUCGAACCGCGAUUGUGUGGUUCGCAGGCCCGCACUCAAUCCACUGAGCUACACCAGCCAGGGCACCUAUUGCUUUUUUAAUGAGUUCCACUUUUAUGUUUUUCUAAGAAGUAAUCCAUUGCACUUGUUUUUUUAUAGUUGGCCUGAUUUCCAUCUUAUUUCAUCCUUUCCCUUUUGAAUACUUUUGUAUUAUUUUUGUCUAUGUUUCUUUGUUUUUCUUCUAUUCUGCAGGCGCAAUAACAGUUUUUAAUUCUUCUAAUACUUACCUGAAAGUUUUAUAAUUUCACUUUAACUUAUUUUUUCAAAUAUCAGAGACAAAAAUGAAAUGUCUUUACUGUGCCACAUGUUUAAGCCAAACUGUCCAUUUUGUAGCCCUCAGCUCCCUGAUUCCAGUCUAUCUGCUGUUUUAUAAUGUCGAUAUUCACUAUUAUUAUUAAAAUUUUAUCUUCUACUCUAA